UCGAUUAAACAUGUCCAAUCGUUCGCCGUCAGCUUUCCAAUCGCCGGAAAGCGCACGCAUCGAACGCCGCCGCCGUUUUCCCGGUUCCCGCUUCCCACCUCACACUCACUCACUCUGCGUGUAUGCGUUUAUGCGUCUGUGUUUGUUUGUGUGUGUGUGUGCUGGCCUCUGUUCCAACAACAGCAACAAAAGCAACAGCAACAACAAAAUUUUUAAAUAACAAAAAAUUGUGCAAAAAAUAAGGAAGAAAAAUCAACAGCUGCUGCAUUUGCAGAAAUCAAACCAAAAGGAUAAGGGAAAACCAACACCCUCCCAAAAAUCUGAUCUGAAAAUAAACGAAAAGUGAAUCCCCUAAAAGUAUACCAAAUUAAAGAAAAGGGAUCCCCCCCCAAGGAAUAUAUAGCAUAAAAAUAAAAUAAAAGUAAAGCUCUAAAAUAUUUACAAAAAUAAUAUACGAUUUUAAGUGAUAAUUUUCUUACCCCCAAAAGAGUUUACCCUAAAAAAUAUACAAUAAUAAAAAAAUGCGCUAAAAGUUCUGGGAAAACUUCAGCAAAAAGUGCUCUCAAAGAAAGAAGAAAGAAGUGCUUAAAAGAAUUACUUCAAAACCAGAAGGAAAAAUAUCCAAAAAUACAAAAAAAGAACGUGAAAACCUAAAGGAAAACAAAAGAGAAUAAGAGUAAGAAGUGAUCCCAAAACAUGAAGAAAAAGUGAAGAAGGAGGAAAACAGGAAUAAGAAAUAGCAGGAAAAAGUGUUAGCAACAGGAAGAAACCCAAAAAGAAGAUUGUAUUCUAAGUAGAUUUAUUUCUAGCAUAUUCUUCCUUCAAAAAAAAUAAUAAUAUUACUAUUAAAUAAAAAGAGAGCGGGAAAGAGAGGUAGAGAGCUCUCUCUGCUAAUGUGUGCGCGUGUGACUGCGUGGAGAGGGUAAAACUACAAGCUGAAAGUGCUUGGUGGCAGAAUAUGGAUAGCGUCUGCCACCACUCCACCUCGCCAACCCGCUACCUCGCCGCUCAACGACAUCAUUAUCAUCACCUUCAGAGUCAGAAUCAGAAUCAGCAUCAGCAUCAGCAUCUGCACCAGAAGCAGCAUCAACAGCAGCUUCAACAUCGACAGCAGCAGCUGAGCGACAACAUAGCAACGGAUCCACGUGCCACGUAUCACCUGAGCAGCAAGCUGGCCAUUGCAGGAGCGCUAGCAGGCCACAAAGAUGCCACCGCUGCAACAUGAACAAUUGAU